UAUAUUAUGCAAGGAAAAUACUACUAUGACUUCACUAAUCACAAGUUAGUCGUGAGAUAAUAAUGUGUGGUUGUGAGCCUUGAGUAAAUAAAGAGACGAAGUUUGGACUCGCGUAUAUUAAUUAAUGUGAUAAAAUUCGAAUUUGUAAAGGGUAUCAAAACACUUCGUACUUUGUUUAUAAAGUUAUCGAGUAACAAUUAGCACAAUGGCUCAAGAAGAGGAACAGUUAACUGAGCGUGACCCUAAUAUUAAUACAAUUAGUGAAAUACCAGCGAGAAAAUUUGCAAUUACCAUGGAAUUUCCUUUGUUUCUUGUUAUGAUGGGGAUGUCUUUAUGUGGAGCUGCUAUAAGCAACGUAGUGUUGUACCGAACUUGCGUCCACGCACUAAACUAUUCCGUGGACGAAUGCAAGCCAUUCCUGUCAAUAGACAAGACUAAUGCGACCCAACAUUUGGAAGCCGAAGUCCAGAGGUAUGCGACAGUUGUGGGGACUGUCAGGAGUGUCAUGGAAGCGGUGGUACCUGCCAUACUUUGCUUCUUCCUCGGCGUAUGGUCUGAUACCCAUGGACGGAAACCACUGGUUGUGUGGCCGCUUUUCGGUUUCUCCAUGUCUGCUGGAUUGACGGUCGUCUACUGUAUGUUGGACAAUUUGGGUCCCUGGUGGUUCGUAUUGACCGCCGUCCCCCAAUCCCUCUGUGGAGGUUUUACCAUAUUCUUUACUGGUGCAUUUUGUUAUUUGAAUGACAUCACGUCGACUGAGAGUAGAUCUAUUAGGAUGAUGUUAUUAGAAGCGGCUGUUGGCUUGGGAAGUGUAGCUGGAGCGCUACUCAGCCCUUACGUUUUAAGAAUGGUCGGAAAUGUGUAUCUCGUGUUAAUAGCUACAGCAUUAAACGUUUUAGCGUAUGCAUUUACAAACGUAUACAUAAGAGAAUCCUUGGUUGGAGCUAUAGAGGGUGGUCUAUCAACGGUCCUUGACUUCUUGUUAGUCAAAGAGAUGGUGCGAGAAUGUUUCAAGAGUCGACCAAACCAUGGGAGAGCCCAAUUACUCCUCCUGACAAUAGCCAACAGCUUAUCAAUAUUUAUUCUUUACGGACUAAUUCCCUUAGAAUACAUGUUUACAAGACAAAAGCUUCAUUGGGGAAUAAAGGAUUACACACAAUUUUCAGCUUUAAGCACGACAAUGUCUUUCUUAGGUUCAGCUAUAGGAAUUAUUGUUCUACAAAAGCUAUUGAAGAGAAGUGAUUUGUUCGUUACUAAUGUAGCGUUUAUAUCAGCAAUCGCCGACUAUCUUAUUAGAACAGUUGCUACCAAGUCCUGGCAUAUGUAUAUGGGUGCAUCCAUAGCGUCAGUAAAGGGUCUUUCAGCGCCAUUAAUCAGAUCAUUUUUGACGAAAAUCUUGCCUGUUGUGGACAUAGCAAAAGUGUUCGCAUUGAUGUCUGCGAUUGAAGGCUUAUGCCCCCUGAUCUCACCGUUUAUGUACAAUUCGCUGUAUCAGUUCACUGUGGCGACAUUCCCUGGUUCAAUCUAUGUACUCAGCAGUGCUGUUACUUUAAUUUGCGUUAUUUGCAUAUCAACCGUCCAAUACUUCAGAUGGAAUGUAACUACCCCCUAUCAGACUUUGGUUGCAGCUUAGAAACCAGAUUAGUUACCAGGACAGUACAUACUUUAGGAAGUACAUAGUAGUAUAUGACUAGAAUGCAGUAGAGAAAAUAAGUACAUAGAUAAAACGAGCACACAAGUUAUUUGCGACAUUUAUUCUAAGGUAAAAAUGGAAUUGAAAAUUUAAUUAUGAACUUGAGUGUUCGACAAAGUAUCCCACGAAAGUUAAUUUUAAUGAAAGUAUGUAAUGUGAUAUGUAGUUAGGAUUUUAGUUUUAAGAUUCAGAUGUUUUUAUCUUUAUGACAUAGAAAUGGGGCUACCGUUUUUUUGGUCACUAAAUGGCCCAAAUGUAGCAAGAGGUUUUUUGUCCAAUCAUUGGAGAUGUCAAAUAUUGCAUGUCCAAUGGUGUGACACUAGCCAAUUCCCUAUUGGACGAAAAGACGAGGUUCACACUAACGUCAUCUGGUGAGCAAAAAUACAGUAACACUCAUUGAGAAUUUAUAUCCGAAAGGUAUUAGAUUUUUAUAGCAUGUGACUUAUUAGCACGUAUUUAGUUUAUUAUAAGGUGGUGUUUAGUCAACAACUGCUUACUGUAAGCAUCGUUGUGGGACAAAAUUGGUAUUUUGUUGCACUAGCAAUAAACUAGUACUGUAUUCUAACUACCUCCGGUUUGACUGUGUAGUAGAAUGCCUUAUUUAUGCCUUUACUAGGUAUUGAAUUAUACAAAUAUAUUAUUUACUUAUUAAAAUAUAUGAAUAAAAGUAUUUUUAUAAAAGAUAAAUAAAACCAGUGCCUUCUUA